AUGUCUGUUACCGCAAAAGACUCUAGCAAAGAGUCUCGUACUGUUAGUACCCAAGAAGUUAUGUUUUAUAUUCCUAAUCUAAUCGGAUACCUUCGUGUUGCAACUGCCAUUAUAUCAUUUGUUCUAAUGCCAAAACAUCCAAUAUGGACCUUGAUUUUUUACGGAAUUUCUGGUUUCUUGGAUGCUUUUGAUGGUUAUGCUGCAAGAAAAUUUAAUCAAGGUACAAGAUAUGGUGCAGUUCUUGAUAUGGUAACCGAUAGAUGUGCAACCACUUCUUUAACUUGUUAUUUAUGUGUCAUCUAUCCAUCUUACUGUUUCCUUUUCCAAUUCUUAGUGUCUUUGGAUUUGGCUUCUCAUUAUAUGCAUAUGUAUGCUAUGAUGUCAAGUGGUUCCUCAUCUCAUAAAAAUGUCGAUAAAAAACAAUCUAAAUUAUUGGCUUUAUAUUAUAACGAUAGAACAGUUCUCUUCAUCGUUUGUCUCGUUAAUGAGUUAUUCUAUGUCGCCAUUUACUUACAUUAUUUUGACUUCUUUUGGAUUGGUACCGUUAUUGCCUGGUUAAGUGCUCCAAUUUGGUUUUUCAAACAAGUUGCUAACAUUGUUCAAUUAAAAGGUGCUGCUCUCAUUUUAGCUAAUAUCGAUGCUAGUGAAAGGUCAAAUAAAUCUGAAUAA